UGCUUGUGCACGCUAAAAAUAAUAUUUUGUCUCCAAGAAUGACCACCACCAACCACACUACACUCGUUUUUGGACCGGUUGGUUCUUCACCAACCCAUGUAUAAUUCAUGCGGGCUUGAUUCAUGAGACAAUUUCCUUCAUCUUGCAUCACAUCCCCAGCAACCCAACAAUCUCAAGCAUCUAUUUAACAACUCUAUGUUCUUCAUCACCGAUCAUCAAAACAACUAGUUAUAGCUAGCUAGCUCUUGAUCACCACCUCAUCACAGUUGUGUUAUUUCAUUUACUCUCAGUUCAUCUAUGGAAAGCAUUUGCCAGAAGGUGAUCAAGAAUGAUCCUUUGAACUGGAAUGCAGCAGCGGAAUCGAUGGCCGGAAGCCAUCUUGAUGAAGUGAAGAGGAUGGUGGAGGAGUUCAGGAAGCCUGUUGUCAGAUUAGAAGGUGCCAACUUGAAGAUCUCUCAGGUAGCUGCAGUAGCUGCUGCUGCUGCAACUGCAAUUAAUGAUGAUGAUGAUGAUGAAGAUGAAAAAGUAGUGAAGGUGGAGCUCUCAGAGGAGGCCAGACCAAGAGUGAAGGCAAGCAGUGAUUGGGUGAUGAAUAGCAUGAGCAAUGGAACUGAUAGUUAUGGUGUCACUACCGGUUUUGGCGCCACCUCUCAUCGGAGAACAAAGCAGGGCUCUGCUCUUCAAACAGAGCUCAUUAGAUUUCUGAAUGCUGGAAUCUUUGGGAAUGGUCAAGAAUCAGGGAACACAUUACCAGCUCCAGCAACAAGAGCUGCAAUGCUAGUCAGAAUCAACACUCUCUUGCAGGGAUAUUCUGGCAUUCGCUUUGAGAUUUUAGAAGCCAUCACCAGCUUUCUCAACAGUAAUGUCACACCGUGCUUGCCUCUCAGAGGGACUAUCACUGCUUCUGGUGAUCUUGUUCCCCUGUCCUACAUUGCUGGAUUGCUAACUGGUCGCCCAAACUCCAAAGCCGUAGGUCCUGAUGGCAAGAAGAUUGAUGCUACAAAGGCCUUUAAGCUUGCUGGAAUCUCCAGUGACUUUUUUGAGUUGCAACCAAAGGAGGGUCUUGCUUUAGUUAAUGGCACAGCUGUUGGCUCUGGCUUAGCUUCAAUUGUUCUCUUUGAAGCUAACAUUCUCGCUGUUCUCUCUGAAGUCAUGUCUGCGGUGUUCUGUGAAGUUAUGCAAGGAAAACCAGAGUACACUGAUCACCUCACUCACAAACUGAAGCACCAUCCCGGCCAGAUUGAAGCGGCAGCCAUCAUGGAACAUAUAUUGGAUGGUAGUUCAUACAUGAAGAUGGCCAAGAAGAUUCAUGAGCUUGACCCUCUUCAGAAGCCUAAGCAAGACCGAUAUGCUCUUCGUACUUCUCCUCAAUGGCUCGGUCCUCAGAUUGAAGUCAUACGUGCGGCAACAAAAUCCAUUGAAAGAGAGAUCAACUCUGUGAAUGACAACCCAUUGAUUGAUGUCUCUAGAGAUAAGGCUCUCCAUGGUGGUAACUUCCAAGGGACACCAAUUGGUGUCUCAAUGGACAACACUCGUCUGGCUCUUGCUGCUAUUGGGAAGCUUAUGUUUGCUCAGUUUUCAGAGCUUGUUAAUGAUUUCUACAACAAUGGCUUGCCUUCCAAUCUCUCAGGUGGAAGGAAUCCAAGCUUAGACUAUGGACUCAAAGGUGGUGAAAUUGCUAUGGCAUCUUACUGCUCGGAGCUUCAAGCUCUGGCCAACCCUGUCACUAAUCAUGUCCAGAGUGCAGAGCAACACAACCAAGAUGUCAACUCUUUGGGUUUGAUUUCUGCCAGAAAAACAGCAGAAGCAAUAGAGAUACUGAAGCUCAUGUCAUCCACUUUCUUAGUUGGCCUUUGUCAAGCCAUUGACUUGAGACAUUUGGAGGAGAAUCUCAAGAGCACUGUGAAGAACACUGUUAGCCAAGUUGCCAAGAGGGUGCUGACGGUGGGAUCAAAUGGAGAGGUUCAUCCUGCCAGAUUUUGUGAGAAAGACUUGAUCAAAGUGAUUGACAGGGAGUAUGUCUUCUCAUACAUUGAUGAUCCUUGCAGCUACACAUAUCCACUGAUGCAGAAACUAAGGCAAGUUCUUGUUGAGCAUGCACUCAAUAAAAAUGCAGAGAAAGAGAAGGAUGCAAGCACUUCAGUGUUUCAAAAGAUUGAAGCUUUUGAAGAGGAGUUGAAGAGUCUUCUGCCAAAGGAGGUGGAUAGUGCAAGGAUUGCUUAUGACAAUGGAAACUCUGCCAUUGCAAACAGGAUAGUGGAGUGCAGGUCAUAUCCACUUUACAGUUUUGUGAGGGAAGAGCUGGGAACUGAACUUCUAACUGGUGAAAAAACAAAGUCACCGGGUGAGGAGUUUGAUAAGAUCUUCAUUGCCAUCUCACAAGGAAAGGUGAUAGACCCAUUGCUGGAGUGCUUGAGGGAUUGGAAUGGUGCUCCAUUACCUUUGUGCUGAAAGAAAUGAUCUAUUAUUCUCUCAUUUUUCUAUAUUGCUAGCUAUUUCUCUUGGUUUUCUCACAUUUGAUUUAAGAUAAAAUAUGUAAUAGCUGGAUUGCAUACCAUGUAAUUUGUGUUAUUUGUUCAAGUUCUUAAUGUGAAGUAGU